AUGGAAACAAAACAACAGUUGAAGAUAUCCAGCAAAACGGCAAGCACCAACAACAUCGCCCAGGCCAGAAGGACGGUGCAACAGUUGAGGAUGGAAGCCUCCAUUGAGAGAAUAAAGGUUUCAGAGGUGUCAGCGGACCUCAUGUCCUACUGUGAGGAGCACGCCAGAAGCGACCCUUUGCUGAUAGGGAUACUGACCUCAGAAAACCCUUUCAAGGAUAAAGAAACUUGCAUCAUCUUAGAGAGGAACAGUGAAAUGGCUCCUCGCCUCUUCUCAACAAAGCAAAUUAUGAGCAGCAACUUGGAAGAAAUUUACCUUCAGCUUAUUUGGUAA